AAGUCUGUUUUUUUCUCCGUUAUCCUGAAGAUCUGUUCACUUAUAGUUGGAGCUGGCCUUCUUGGAUUAGGACUUACUUUAAUUGGAGAUAAAUUCAUUUAUGAUAGUUCCCUAAAACAUAUAUUUUACCAGUUACAAUUUUACAAUUACUAUUUCUAUGAUAUACUAGUGGGGUUGGCUGCUUCCUGUGUAGUUAUUGGUGUGUUGACGAUGGUUUUAGCAAUCAUUGGAUUAGUUGGAUCCUGGAGAAAAUCAACAGCGUUACUGAUUAUAAAUUCAGUUCUUUCAACACUUUUGCACGUGCCAAGAAUCAUUUCUAUUGUCUUGUUCGUGGUGUUCAUUGAACAGAUCGAUGACCAUAUGAAAGAUCAGCUUGGAAUCCAGCAGAAUGGUUAUUAUUACAACCUGAACCAAAAUGAAAUAACACGAAGAUGGAAUGACAUGAUUUUGAUAUUACAGUGCUGUGGAGUACAUAGCUCCUCGGAUACAACGGACAGAAGUAAUAGGUACGCAUAUAUGUUCUGCUGUGAAAAUGCACAUGAGAGUAGAAUGGAUACCGGAUCGAGUUAUUCUACCUAUUCACCUAAUUUGAAUUAUUUUGGUUAUUGCGGUGAACUGAAUAGUAACACAUGCAGCGGGAAGAUCUUAUUUAAAGCUAGAAUGUUUGUUGGCUGGUUCCUGGUAAUAGUGUUCCUGCAAAUAAUACUUGAGAUUGUCGGAAUAGUAUUUGGAAACAGAGAAUACUCACUGAUCAGAGACUUGGAUACAGCUGACAGUAAAAACUCAGUUGACCCAAAUAACGAAUCUCACUCAAAAACCAUAAUUUUUAGGAUAGUAUUCAGAGGGAUAAAAUCUGUCUUCACUAGCAACUGGAAAAGAUCUAAAAUUUCAUUGUUGCAUUUGAUAUUUAUUGGAAUUUUGCUGGUAUGUAAUAUUGGAACACUCGUCUUAGCAAUCAACAUUCGGUACGAUUCUUUGUUUGGAAACUCAGAUAUACAAGCAUUGUUAUCGAAAUUCAGAAUAGCAGACCACACCUUUACCAGAGCACUCAACAUAUUUUCUAUUGUUGUUGUUACUUUUUCAUCGACAUCGAUAGCUGUCAUCAUAUUUUCAAUUAUCUCUAUUGUUUCGCCGAAGUGGAAAAAAGUUUUGUUGUUUAUUAGUGUAGGAUUAUGGAGUAUGAUUGUGGUAGCAGGCAUAGUAGAAAUUGGUUUGUGGGGGAAAUAUAUGGCUUCCGUAGACUCAGAUUUGGAGGACAAAAUGAGAACGGAGUUAAGCAGUUAUUAUAGCUAUAUGUAUUCUCAUGCAUCAGGCCACUAUCACCGUGAAACAUCAUUAUCUUGGAAUACAUUAUUUGUAAAGGCUGAAUGCUGUGGAGUUGGAACGUACAUGCCAGACUCAUUUACUUCAUCAUAUUGGUAUAUACAGAAGCCUGAUCCCUCCCAGAGUAUUCCAGUUCAGUGUUGUAAAUCUCAGACAGAAGUUUAUCCAUAUUCCAGUCUAUACGAGGAGGACUGUACAAAUAAUCUAUUAGACGGUUAUUACUAUAGUCAGGGUUGUGAUACAGUAAUUGAAAACAGAUUGGAUUCAUACAGCAUCCCAUACUUGGUAUUCAUGACACUAAACAUUUUGGCAGAGAUUGGUAUAAUAGCUACAACUAUAUACAAUGCAGUUAUGAUAACAAAGGACGAGAAUACGAUACAUGUGCUAGUAACAUCAGGUGAGGAAAAUGUGAAAGAAAAUGAAGCAACGGUAAACUUUAAAAAAGAAACAGCACCUGACAAAUUAGAAAAGAAGGAAAGGAAAGAAGGGAGAGAAAAACAAAAAUCUAAGAAAAAAAGCUCUAGAUCAGAUAAAGUUAAAAUUAUUGAUUCUUCAGUUCAGGACAAUCAAACUGAUGUUGAUAUCAAAGAUACACUUGAAUUGCAGUCUGCAAAAUCAACUGAAGUAGGUAGUGAAAUUAGGGAAAAUAGUGUUUUACAAAAUAAAGAAAGUAAGGAAAACGAAAAUUUGGAGGAAAACGUGUCAGAUGACACUAAAGAAACAGAAGUUGACGCACCGGUGCCAAAUAGCAAUACAGAAAACACAAAUAAAGCAAUGGCGGAUGACAGUCACACACAAGGACCAAUAACUGAUCUAGCUUCCGAAGAUAUAGAAAAUUUAUAACUUUUGUAUGUAAAAGUAAUAACUUUUGCAUUUAUGAACAUAGCGUUAAUAUCUAG